GGUUCCGCAAAGUCGAGACCUGGCGUUGUGACCGGUAUGCAUGCCGCGGUGCCUUGAUGCUCUUCGACAUCGAGGCGCUCGACCUGAUCUGGCCAUGGACGCCGCUGAUGCCCACGGUGUAUUUGGAGCCAGGCACGACCUUCCGAGUGAAUCUGACUGUGCCGAAGCCGUGCCCCAACGUCUUCGUGGUGCUCUUCUCUGGCAAGCAGCUGACCGAUAUCCUGCCCAUGCUGUCCCACAACGGGCAUGGCAUGAGCAGUUACGUGGCUGCCAGCUGGCGCGCCAGCCUCGCGCAGAGUGUGAACGCCACCUUCCAGAUCUUCAGCGAGGACGCUCAGUCGCUGGGCAUCUUGACGGCGGCGCCCCAGCUGCCCCCUGUGAGGCUCCACGGUUUCGUGAGCUUUGAGGGCCCAGGCGGCCACUUGCCGCCCGAGGAGCAGGUGAACGCGCAGAUCGCGAACGUCCUCUGCGGCGCCUCCCUCUUCUCCGCCUGGCUGCUGCUUUUAUCGAUGCGCAGCGGGCGCAGCCGCCUGCACGGGGUGUUCCUGGGCUGCUUCCUCCUGAAGGCCCUGGUGCUGCUGUCGCUGGCGCUGGACCUGCGCGCCACCAACGCCACGGGGCGCCAGAGCCCGGCGCGGGCCGCCGCCUGGCAAAUGCUGAGGCACUUGCAAGAGACCUCGGUGCUGGCGCUCUUCUUCCUAAUAGGCCUGGGCUGGAAGAUCACGCGGUCCCAGCUGAGGGGCUCCGAGUGGGCCUUCGGCUCGGCGGCGCUGGCGGUGAGCUUGCUGCUGCGCGGCAUGGAGGUGCUGUGCAGCGCCCUGAAGGUCUGCAGCCCGCAGCGCUACAUGCUGACGCUGUUCACGGUGAACUCCCUGUGCUCCUUGGUGGUCAUCGUGUCCACAAACUUCAACAUCUUUCUGCUGAGCCGGCAGCUGAUCGAGGCCAACGCCUCGCAGGAGGCUGGCGUUCUUUAUGCAAAGCUCCAGGCCUACAUCACUUUCCGCGUUUGCUUCCUGUACUUUGUCAUGAUCCCCGUCAUUUGUGGCACGGCUCUGCGGAUCAUCAGCUGGCGUUCCAUGUGGAUGGUGAAGGAGACUCUGGAGUGGUGCGUGCUCUCAGUCGUGCUGUGGCUCUGGCGCCCGGGUUACAUGAAGGCGGUCCGCGUCUUCCAGCUGUCCGCUGCCCCGCCCAGCGAGAGCGAGGCCGAGUCCGUAGAGGACGUCGAAGAAUGACGCUUUUGCUCGCUUGAGCGCCGGCGAGUGAGAAACAGGGGU